AUGUCUCGGGCUUUGUUUUCCGAAGAAGAGGUGCGUCUGGCCACCGAGCGGCGCGUGAAGUAUAUUGGAGCAGCCAAAGUCAGCAUCAGUCAAAUUCAGUUCGAACCGCCUUUGCCUCGGGAUCUGGAUCUCAAAAACCUGGACCGGCUUCGGAAAGUUUUCCGUAAAAACAGCUGUCGUCGACUGGAUGUCAGUAAUCAUGACCCUGAAGUCGUGUCGCAGCAAGUUCUGACCAACGCGUUGCGGAAGGCGAACGUUACAUGUUAA